GGCGGUGGCCUAUGCCCAGACGCCGCUGUGCCUGUUUUGGAGGCUGCUUCCCUGACUCAUGCGAAGGGAAAGACGAGUCCUGUCGGAAAGCACCCCCGGAAGAGAGGCAGCGCUGCCGGCUUUCCGGAUGACACCCGCAGAGCUGCCGCAGGCGUGGAAGUGAGCCACCAGCUAUAUGGGUAGCGCUGAGAAAACUGCACUGCUCUACAGUUUCGAUGCCAAACUAGAGCGCUAUUUUUGGCUUUCACUCUCCUUUUUUUUUUUUAACACUUGUGGGUAAGCAUCAAGUGCGCUGCAGAGCGGACCUCUGCAGCAGCUGACGGCGUGAAGGGAUUUGUCCCCGGGCGCGGGACCGCGCUGCCGCGUCCCCGCCGAGCAGCGGUCCGGCACGGGGCCGGGAGCCGGGCGUGAGCUGGCGUGGCGAAGGACGGGAGCUGGCCGCGUGCCUGCCCGCGCGCGGGGCAGCCCUCUGGGUCCGGACGCCCCCGGAGCCGUAGCUAACGUGCAGGUGUAAUCAUCGGAUGAUUGCUGUGAUCUUCACCUGUGAAUCUACACAAGCAAUUCCUUGCCCAACUCACCUUAGCAACUGCAUCUUGGUCUUUGCACUGCUUUAAAUUUAAGAGAAAUAACGAAGUUUAACAAGACGUUGUAAUCCACCGAGAGCUAUAAUGACUGAGUUCCUGGUUUGUUUUAACUGGUGCAACGGUGAACCGCCCCAGCCGAAGAGGCGUCGGAGACUGGACCGGGAUAUGAUAGGAGAGCCCAUGAACUUUGUGCACACUGCGCACGUUGGGAUGAGAGAGAUGAGCACUGGCUUUUCAUCUGCUGUAUCAAUUCAGGACCACAUGAAGUCUAAAGGUGGCUACACAAAUGGCACUCCUGCAACGAUUCAAACAUAAACAAUUGAGAGAAGCUGAAAUCUGCCUUAUGAGAACCUCCUGGACUGAGUUUUCAUAUUACCUAAAACAUCUUUAUGAUGGAGUAGAGAGAGUACUUGAAUUAUAAAUAGGUCAGUGCAAGCUUUGGCAUUCUUUGCACAAUA